AUGGCGGGCCGGGUGUUGAUGGUGGCGCUGGUAGCGCUGACGGCAGGGCAGGGACAAGAGACAUGGCUGCAUCAUGACAGAGCGGAUCAUCCUGCUCCUCCCUUCUGCCAGCCUCUCCUUCACGCUGAGUGUUCUCUCCGCUCGGAAGAGGCUCCAGCCCUGCCGUGCCUGCGGGUGGUGGGAGGUAGAGGGAAGUUGAAGCAAAUGUCGAAGGGGGCAAAAGUGAGGAGGCAGAAGAAGAAGAAACAAACUCGGAAACAAAAGAGAGAGGAUGAAAGAAAGAAGAGAAAGGAGGAGUUUUCUAUGGAGCCAGUGAGGAUCGGCGGAGGGCUCGUUCAUCCAACGCGCCUUGGAGGAGUUACGAAGGAAGACGUGAAGGAGACCCUGCAGCAGAAGAAACAGCCUCUCAGCAGGAUCAAAUCGAGGCUAAAGUUGAAGCAGCCGACCAAGAAAGCCAUGGCGGGGGAGAUAGGGCACUAUCCGCGGAAAGCAAAUUUCAUGCCGAAGCGUGACAGGAGGAAACUGAGAAAGUUGCAAGCCUUGCAAGCACUCAAGCAAAGGAAGGACUCCAUCGCGGGGCAGAAAAGGCAAGCAAGUCAGGUUGCCGGGAGGAAUGAGGAGGAGGAGGAGGAGGAGGAGUCUUCAGAGUCAAAGGCAGACGGGUCUGAGCAGGCUGUGGCAUCGGACGAGAGUUUGUAUGAGGGGGACUUUGAAACUCUUGAGGAGGAGAAAAAGCACAGGGAGAUGCUUGCUCGCAGAUCGCUUCUUUCCGUGCAAGGCAAGGAGGACAGGCUGCAGAGCUUUGUGUCUCAGCAAUCAGGUUACCCGCACGGCAAGAAAGGCUUGCAUAGGAACCUUACGCCCGAGAACUUGGCUGAAGCUGGUUUCCGGUACCUGCCAGACUGCGCGGGAUCUGAUCAGACAGUUUUUGAGCAGACGGGAGAGCUGUUCAAGGACUGGCAGAAAGAUGAUGUGCCGAUGCAGAUCAGCGUUGGUUUGCUCGAGAACAUGUACUGGUCAAAACGAUUCUCUUCAACCUCGAGCGAGGUAGCGAGACAGAUCGAGUUUACGUACAGAGUGCUGGGGAACACAGAGGAGGCAGAGAGAUGGCAUCGAAUCUCACUAGAGGAGGCUCAAGCGAAGCAGGAAGAAGCUGGAGCAGAAGCUCUUUCAAGACCGGAGAGAGCCCUCGCAAUCGCCGAUGACGUCAUCCGUGACGCCUUAGCCGAGGAUGAGAUGGACAAGGUCUUGAAGGAGAACGCUUUGACUUGGAAGCAGCGCGCACAGCAGCUCACGCAGCUUCCGAAACGGGGAAAGUUUGAGUGGGAGAAGUACAUGGAGGGGGAUGCUUCCAACGCCAUCCCGAUGGUCACAAACGAGCAUACGGAGGGAAGGGAGAGGAAAGCGAGGCCGAUCGACCCCCAGGAGUCGAUGAUGCUCAAGGUAAUGAAGGAGGACAUUUCUCUAUCUGUGAAUUUCCGCGAGGAGACGGUGCUGCUCAACAACCUCUCCUUCCCCCUGCCUACCUCUGCCCCGUGCAAGUUCGACGACUUGGAGGUGGAGGGAGAUAGGUUAAAUGGUGUGAACUUCUCUCAAUCGGGCAUGCGAGUUGUCAGGGUCGAUGUCUCUGCACACCCCAUCGUCCGCUGGGCCACUAAUCUCCUCACGGGAGCCGAUAAGCGCAAGAGGAGCAGCUGGAGCCUGCGGGUGGUGAAGAACAAGGGAAGGAUCGUUGUGGGCUUUCUUGGGAGCAGCCUGCAGUCCUCCUACAACCUUGAGCUGAACUCUGCCGUGAACGGAUUCCUGCUCGACAGCAACGGGAAGGCGGUGCGAACGUCAGAGGACAUCUUGCGCCCUGACAGGCUGGGAGAGAGGCAGAUGAAUGUGCUCGAGCUUGCAAAGCUCCAUCGCAAACUGGUCACAGGAGAGUGCAGGAGGAACGCGACCGUGAUCUCCGUGCGAGAGCCUCCUUCCUCCUCCCCUGAUGCCAAGUCGCAUCUGGACCUCUCUUUCGGCCAGGACUCCAUCAUCGUCCUUACCAUCGACCGCCGGAGGCAGCGAGCAAGGAUCGACGUUUACAAGUCCCAGCUGCUGGACCAUGUGGGAGGGUUGGGACGUGUGUCCACGGGACGACUCGAGUCGGUCGUCUCCUUCAGGAUCCAGGGGGUAGCCAACGACUCUGUGCCGUUCGUGGUCUUGGAGGAGUACGGGGAUACUGUUGACCUGAUGACGAGGAGGACCUUCAAGAAGGAGCUUAUGCGCAUGAUCGACCCCUUCUACGUGGGCGGGAGGAAGAGGAGGAAGAGGAGGAGGCUUCCUCCGGUGGACCGAGAGGACCUGUACGUGGAGCGGGCUUGCUCAAACUCUCGCUGA